AUGCAAUACUUCAACAGGCUCACCUUCUCCUACGUCCUCGACUGUGCUGUGCUUUGUGCUUUCGCGGUCAUCGGUGGGAUCUUCUCCAUCGUCUCGCCUAAGAGACGAGCCUUCUCUCUUACCGACCCCUCCAUCUCAUUCCCAUACGGGCCGGACACCGUCUCCGUUUCGACGGUUUUCCUCGCUACAGUUGUUGCGCCAGCAGCCAUCGUUACAGUCGUCUGUCUUGCCGUCGUUCCACACCCUUCUGGCAAUGGAACACCAACAUCUCCGUCGCUUAAAUGGCGCCGAAAACUGUGGGAACUAUUCACCAGCUUGCUCGGCCUUGCAUUUGCGGCGAUUCUCGGGUUCUUCCUGACGCAGAGCAUGAAGAACCUCUUUGGGAAGCCGCGCCCCGACUUUCUCGAUAGAUGCAACCCGAACAUAACGCUCAUGCAGCAGUACGAUGUCGGUGGCUUCAGCAGCGAGUUUCUGGAGGGUACAUCUGUCCAUGUCACCUGGGAGAUAUGCCAAAGCAAGAAUGGAAGCGGGGUUGGUCUGUCUGAGUUCGAUGAUGGAUUCAGGAGUUUUCCAAGCGGCCACUGCACGAGUAAGCAUGCUCACAACUGCGUGGAGGAAACAAACUGUUGA